GGUAUAUAGCAAUAAAAAAUUUUCCUUUCCUUUCAUAAAUACUCAUAUUAGUCUAUUCUCGGUUUGGGUCUCUCUCUCCGACACAACAAAAUCGAAAAUACAGGUUGUCUGAUCUAUUGGGAUCCCUAGGCUAUGCAGCAGAGGUUUAAGCAGCAGCAGCAGCAACAACAACAAACCCUAAUGCAGCAAGCAUUGCUUCAGCAGCAGCAUAUGUACCACCCGGGUGUACUCGCUGCGGCUGCCAUGUCUCAAAUGGAGCCUGUUCCAAGCGGCAACCUGCCUCCUGGCUUUGAUUCAUCGUCAUGCCGCAGUGUUUAUGUAGGUAAUAUUCAUGUAAAUGUCACUGAGAAACUUCUUGCAGAAGUUUUCCAAAGUGCUGGUCCUCUUGCUGGAUGCAAACUCAUUAGAAAGGAUAAGUCGUCAUAUGGUUUUGUGGACUACCUUGAUCGAGCAUCUGCUAGUCUUGCAAUAAUGACAUUGCAUGGACGUCAAGUUUAUGGUCAAGCACUUAAGGUGAAUUGGGCAUAUGCCAGUGGCCAGAGGGAAGACACGUCAGGGCACUUUAAUAUAUUUGUUGGUGAUUUGAGCCCAGAGGUUACUGACGCAACUUUAUAUGCCUGCUUCUCAGUUUUUGCUAGUUGUUCAGAUGCAAGGGUCAUGUGGGAUCACAAAACUGGACGGUCAAAAGGAUAUGGCUUUGUUUCUUUCCGUAAUCAGCAGGAUGCACAGAGUGCCAUCAAUGACUUGAGUGGUAAAUGGCUUGGGAAUAGGCAAAUAAGAUGCAACUGGGCAACUAAAGGUGCUGGCUUUAAUGAGGACAAGCAGGUUAAUGAAAAUCAAAACGCAGUUGUACUUACUAAUGGAUCUUCAGAUGGAAGUCAAGAGAAUACAAAUGAGGAGGCCCCUGAAAAUAAUCCAGCAUACACUACUGUCUAUGUUGGCAACCUUUCUCAUGAGGUAACUCAAGCUGAACUUCACUGUCAGUUUCAUGCUCUUGGAGCUGGGGUUAUUGAGGAAGUGCGCAUCCAGAGGGAUAAAGGUUUUGGGUUUGUCAGGUACCACACCCAUGAAGAAGCAGCCUUGGCCAUUCAGAUGGCGAAUGGAAGGAUAGUUCGUGGAAAAUCCAUGAAGUGCUCAUGGGGUAGCAAGCCAACGCCUCUCGGUACAGCUUCUAAUCCCCUACCUCCUCCAGCUCAACCAUAUCAGAUCCUUCCUACUGCUGGCAUUAACCAAGGCUACUCACCAGCAGAGUUGUUGGCCUAUCAGCGCCAACUUGCCUUAAGCCAAGCUGCUGCAUCCAGCCUCUCGGGCCAAGCUCUUAUGCAGAUGACUGGACAUCAUGGUCUAGCUGCAGGUUCCAUGGGUGUGAGCUCUGGUGGCACCCAAGCUAUGUAUGAUGGAUAUCCUAAUAAUUCAUCAGGCCAGCAGCUGAUGUAUUAUCAUUAACAAUGGGGCCAUGAAAGAUGUGAGCAGAAAUGCUUUCUUUUUGGUGACCUCUGUAAUGUUUCCCCUUCGUUUGUCUCUUUCUAUUUCUUCAAUAUGGGUUUUCUAAACAAAACGAGCCUGUUUUCAGUUACAGAAUUUUGGGUAUUGUAUUUCACAUUAUGUAAUAUUUCACAUCAAACGGGCAUCUAAUGAGAUUUAAGCUCUGAUUUAAUAUAGAUUGAGGUCCUCUGUUAAUACA